AUAGUAUAGGUUAUGUAGUAAGUUCCAAUCCAAUAGCGUUUAGUGCUGUUUACAGUAUUACCCAUGUGCUAACAAUAAUAAUUAGACUAUUAGGCUUCUAAGUUACCGUAUCGUAAUACAUUUACAAUUAUUAUUAUCAUCAUCAUCAUCUAUUUUAUUUGAAGCUUUCAUAUAAGUUAUUCUCCAAAAAUGGAUUAUCCAGACAGAGAUUCAAUUCGUGAUAAAGGAAAUCUCUCUGAAGGUUCCGAGAGCAGUUCCUCAGAAGCUGAAGACGAAGAGGCAUUUGAAUUGACUGAAGAUGUGGAACGAAAUUUUUUCAAAGCAUUAAGUAGCUUGAAGAAGAAAGAUCCUCAAAUUUAUGAAAAAGAUACGAGGUUUUUUGGUACAAAGCCAGAGUUAGAUGAGAGCUUUGUGAGAGAUAAAAGGAAGAAAAAGUCUGAAAUUCCACUGAACGUGAGAAAAUAUGAAACUGAUAUUCUUCUGAACAAGGGAGCUGAUAUAUCAGAUGAGCAAGAUUUCGAUCAAAAGGCAAAUUUUGGCGAUGUGAAACCCUUGACUUAUGUUCAGGAACAAAAUCAACUGAAAGAUAGUUUCAAAAAAGUGUUGAAUGAAAACUCGUCUGAUGAUGAAGAGGAAAUCGGCGGACUUUUUCAAGAACAUAAAAAGUCCAAGAAAGAAAAGGAAGCUGAAGAAUCUGAGUACAAAACAUGGCUGAAAGGACAGCAGUGCAAAAUCGAAGACAAAGAUGCUGAAAAUGAUAUGGGAUAUCUCCAUGAUUAUUGGAACGAUCCAAAUUUAGAUGAGGGAGAAAAAUUUCUUCGAGACUACAUAUUGAAUAAGAAGUUUCUAGAAGAGUCCAAGCCAUCAACUUCUUCAGCCGAUUUAUUGAAUUUGGAAGAAGAUGAAAAACUUCUGACUGAACAAACUGACUUUGAGCACAAGUAUAAUUUUCGGUUCGAAGAACCAGACCGUGAAUUCAUAAAACGCUACCCAAGAACCAUGGAGAACUCCAUGAGGAGAAAAGACGAGCGCAGAAAACAGAAGAGACAAGAAACAGCAAAGCGGAAAAAGGAAGAGAAGGAGCUGAAAAAGUUGGAACUCAAGAAAAUAAAGGAACAGAAAUAUAAAGAAAUCAAAGAGAAAAUAGCUAAGCUAAAGAAUCUCACUGGAAACCCGGAGUUAGGAUUUCAGGAUGAAGAUAUAGAGAAGGAUUUUGAUCCUGAGGAGCAUAAUCUGAAAAUGCAAAAGUUAUUCAGCGAAGAUUUCUAUAAUCAAGAAGAAUCUGACAAACCUGUUUUUGAUGACGAUGAAGACCUCAAUCUUGAUUCGUACGGGGAUGAUGGCUACAAGGAAGUUGAAACAUACUGUGAAGAUCCAGACUUUAUUAUGGAUUGUGAUUACGAUCCAGAGCAGGCCAUGCUAGAAAAGAAGAAAAAAUCGGAAGCUCGCGAGAAGAAGAAAAAGAAGAAGUCUAAUAAAGAAGUACUGGAGAAAAGUGAUGACCUCGAUGUUGACCAGCUUCCAGUUGAUGAGACUAUCCAGAAAGAGCUGGAGGAUGUCCAUAAGUAUGAUUGUGAGGAUAUUAUUGGUGACACCCCGAUUCGAUUCAAAUACAGAGAGGUUGUUCCAAACAACUACGGCUUGACUAUUGAUGAGAUUUUGGCAGCUGACGACAAAGAACUUGAAAAAUGGUGUUCCAUACAACGAAUUGCUCAAGUGAGGCCUGAAGAGAAAGAAUUAUAUGACGUUGAAGCCUACAAGAGAAAAGCAAUGAAUGAAGAACUGAAAAGGAAAAUUCUGCCAAGUUUGUACAAGAAUGAUGCUGAGAAAAAAUCGAAAAGGAAGAAGAAUAAAAAGAAGAAACCUGCGACAGUUACUAGUGGCUCAAUACAAUCGACAAACCAACACAAAUGCUCUCAAAAAGCAGAAGAAAACUUUGUAAGGAAGGUUCUUAGUUCUCCUGCAAUAGAAAUUCAAAAGAAUAAAAAAAGGAAGAAAACAAUCGAUGAGGGAAAUAUUAAAACCAACGGUGAAACAAUUGAAACGUCAACCAAGAAUAAGGUAAAUGAAACAUGUACAGAUAACAGUAUACAUGAAAAUGAAGAAGAAGAGAAAAUGCACAAAAAGAAAAGGAUAAAACUGGUCAACACAUCAGACUGUAAUGGAACUGAACCAACAGUUCAAUCAUCGGAAAAUCACAACAAAGAAGCUGCCAGUAAAAAGAAGAGGAAGAAUAAGAAGAAACCAUCUAUUAUGACCUCACCAGCAACGAGUGAAACAUCAAAAUCACAAAGCAAUGGUAGUGUUGAACGUGAGAACAUUCCAAAAGCAGCAUCAAACAAAGGAAAAUUAUUCCCUGGCAAAGUAAAAUUGAAUUCUCAGAAACUGAGGAAAACUAAUGAAGAUAAGCGAAACCAGAAUCAAAAAUACAAUCGGCAGACUAAUGGCCAGGAAUCCAGAAAUAAAUCUGCAUUUUAUAGUGACAUUUCUGAUUCAAGAUUGAAAGCUUAUGGUAUAAAACCAAAAUUGUUCAAAAACAAACUGAAGUAUGGUAAAAAUAAUGAUACCUGAUUAUUUGCCAGAAAUGUACAGUCGAUUUUUCAAUUAAAAUAAUAUAUUCUGUUA